AGAGGGGGAAGGAGAUCGCGGAGGGGGUGGGGCCAGAUCCUGCCGAGCAAAGCUCCCUCCCCCGCGUCACUUCCUGCCUGUUUUGUCUGUCUCCUGCGCAAGGGCUGCCUUGGUGGCCCCCUGGGGGGAUCAGGAUUUGGUAGCGCCUCUCAUGAGGAGAGACAGAACUUGACAGAAGACCAAGGGUUCCUCCUGAUCUCUUGGAGGCUUCCUGAGAGCCCAGAUGGAUGAGCAAGACUCAGCUGGCCCUGAAGCAGGAAGAGACCAUGCCAUCAAAACCGAGAGCAGUGAAGGAUUCAAGGAAAGCUCCAUGCAGAGGAUCCUGGGUGAGGAGGACAUUCUUCGCUCAGAUGUGCAGAGCCAGCAGUUCAGGCAGAUCUGCUACCAGGAGGUCGAUGGACCCCGAGAGGUUUGCAGCCAACUCCACCACCUUUGCCAUAAGUGGCUGAAGCCAGAAAGGCACACAAAAGCUGAGAUGCUGGACCUGGUGAUCUUGGAGCAGUUCCUGGCUGUCCUUCCCCCGGAGAUGGAGAGCUGGGUGAGGGAAUGUGGAGCGGAGACCAGUUCCCAGGCGGUGGCCCUGGCCGAAGGUUUCCUCCUGAGUAAGGCAGAGGAGAGGAAACAGGCAGAGCAGCAGGGAAAGGAUCUGUUUGCAGCAGUGGGCUCAGAUUCCUUUGAGACAGAGAGGACUCCAUCGGACACCAGAGAGAGGCCACCGGGUGACAGAAGGAUGCCAGCAAGACCUCCUCAUCCAUCUUUCCAUGGUAGCGGAGAGGAAGCCGUGGCUGAAGAACCAGAUGAGGGUCCGGUGUGCUUUGAAGAUGUAGCUGUUCAUUUCACAGACGAGGAGUGGGCAUUGCUGGAUCCUGGCCAGAGAGCUCUGCAUAAAGAACUAAUGGAGGAGAAUCAUAGGAUCAUGGACUCUCUUGGUGCUGAAGAAUUGCAAAUGAAUGAGGAAGACCCCGACAGAAUCCACACACAGGAGAAGCCGCUUAAAUAUUCAGGGUCUGGGAAGAGAUUCAUUCAGAGCUCCCACUCCACUUCCAAUCUAACAAAUCUCUUGGGGAAGAAACAAUAUCAGUGUUCGGAAUGUGGAAAGAACUUCUGUCGGAAAUCCCGCCUCACUUACCAUCAAGUAACUCACAGCGGGGAGAAACCGUAUCAGUGCUUACAGUGUGGAAAGCGUUUUAGUUGGAAGAGAAGUUUCGCUUCCCAUCAAAGAAUUCAUACAGGGGAGAAACCCUAUCAGUGCUUGGAAUGUGGGAAGAGCUUCAAACGGAAGGAUGCUUUAACUUUCCAUCAAAGAAUUCAUACUGGGGAGAAACCAUAUCAGUGCAUGGAAUGUGGAAAGAGCUUCAGCCGGAAACACAGUCUGACUUUCCAUCAAAGAAGUCAUACAGGGGAGAAACCCUAUACUUGCUUGGAAUGUGGAAAGAGCUUCAGUCAGAGGGCCAGUCUCACAGUCCAUCAGAGAAUUCAUACAGGGGAGAAACCAUAUAGGUGCUUGGAAUGUGGAAAGGGGUUCUAUGGGAAGAAUAUGCUCACUUCUCAUCAAAAAGUUCACACAGGGGAGAAACCCUAUCAGUGCUUUGAAUGUGGAAAGAGCUUCCGUCACAAGGGCGAGCUCACCGUCCAUCAAAGAAUUCAUACAGGUGAGAAACCGUAUCAGUGCAUGGAAUGUGAAAAGAGCUUCACUCAGAAAUCCAGUCUCACGUCCCAUCAAAGAUUCCAUACAGGGGAGAAACCAUAUGAGUGCUUGGAGUGUGGAAAGAGGUUCAGCUGGAAGACAAUGCUCACUUCCCACCAAAUGAUUCACACAGGAGAAAAUCCCUAUCCGUGCUUGGAAUGUGGGAAGAGCUUCAAUCGGAAGGAUAGCCUCACCCUCCAUCAAAGAACUCAUACAGGGGAGAAACCAUAUCAGUGCUUGGAAUGUGGAAAAAGCUUCACUCAGAGAGCAGGUCUCAUGUACCAUCGAAGAAUUCAUACAGGGGAGAAACCAUAUCAGUGUAUGGAAUGCGGAAAAAGCUUCACUCACAGAGCUGGUCUCGUGUCCCAUGAAAGAUUCCAUACAGGGGAGAAACCAUAUGAGUGCUUGGAGUGUGGAAAGAGGUUCAGUUGGAAGACAAUGCUCACUUCCCACCAAAUGAUUCACACAGGGGAGAAUCCCUAUCCAUGCUUGGAAUGUGGGAAGAGCUUCAAUCGGAAGGACAGUCUCACUUCCCAUCAAAGAAUUCAUACAGGGGAGAAACCAUAUCAGUGCUUGGAAUGUGGAAAAAGCUUCACUCAGAGAGCAGGUCUCAUGUACCAUCGAAGAAUUCAUAUGAGGAGAAACCAUAUCAGUGCAUGGAAUGCGGAAAGAGUUGCAUUCAAAGAACCAGUCUCAUUUCUCAUUGAGUAACUCACAGUGGGAAGUAAUUGCUGCCUCAGUGCAUGGAAUGGGGAAAGAGCCUCAGUCGGAAGAAUGGUCUCACUUCCCAUCAAAGAAUGCAUAAAGAGUAGAAACCAUAUAGGUGCAUGGAAUGUGGAAGCAACUUCAAUCAGAGGGCAAGUCUCUCUUCCCAACAAAGAACUCACAGUGGGCAAAAACCGUAUUAGUGUGUGGAAUGUGCUUCACCUGGAAGGAAAGUCUCAGCUCCCAUGAAAUACCGUAUUUUUUGCUCUACAAGACUCACUUUUUCCCUCCUAAAAAGUAAGGGGAAAUGUGUGUGCGUCUUAUGGAGUGAAUGCAGGCUGCGCAGCUAUCCCAGAAGCCAGAACAGCAAGAGGGAUUGCUGCUUUCACUGCGCAGUGCUCCCUCUUGCUGUUCUGGCUUCUGGGAUUCAGAAUAUUUUUUUCCCUUGUUUUCCUCCUCCAAAAACUAGGUGCGUCUUAUGGUCUGGUGCGUCUUAUAGAGCUAAAAAUUCGGUGAUUCAUACAGGGAAGAAACCACAUCAGUGCAUGGAAUGCAGAAAGGGCUUCACCCAGGAUCAAAGUCUCACCAUCAAAGAAUUCAUAUGUUGGAAACCAUAGAAAUGCUUGUGAUGUGAAAGGAGCUUCAGCCGUAGCUCCAAUUUCACUUUCCUUCAAGAAACUCACAAUGAGCAGAAUCAUAGAGUCUCUGAAUUAUAGUGUUGUAGCAUUUGAGAGGACUCUGUGUGUCGUCUAGUCCACCCUGUUCCUGGCAACCUGCCGUGGGGGUUGUUUCCUCUGCUGCCUGACACGUAGACUAGUCUGACUUUUAUUGUAUGUCAAAAAAAUUCAUUAAAUGUCCUUCCGUCCUCA